AUGGCAGACGAGAAGAAGGAGGACGUUGUGAUAGCAGAGCCUGUUACCCAUCAUGUCCAAAGGAAACUCCAAGCUAGACACUUGCAGAUGAUUGCAUUGGGCGGUACCAUUGGUACUGGUCUCUUUGUUGCAUCUGGAAGUACCAUAGUAUCAGCUGGUCCAAUGGGUGGUUUAUUAUCCUACAUCAUCGUCGGUUUAUUGGUAUAUGGAGUCGUUACUGCCUUGGGUGAAAUGGCAACCCUCUAUCCUAUAUCUGGUUCUUUCAACGUUUACGCAUCUCGCUUUGUCGACAAGUCUCUUGGGUUCACCAUGGGUUGGAACUACUGGGCAUCAUGGGCUAUUACCAUUCCAGCAGAACUAUCAGCUGGUGGUAUCAUUAUCCAAUAUUGGCUACCAAACGUGCAACCGUGGGUGUGGGCUCUAGUGAUUAUCGUCGUAUUAACAUCUAUCAAUAUGAUUGGUGUCCGAGGUUUCGGUGAACUGGAAUACUGGUUCUCCCUCAUCAAAGUCAUUGCCAUCAUCGUAUUCAUCAUCAUCGGCAUAGCAGCUGUCUGUGGUGCCUUCUCCUCUAUCGGCCGUGUAGGAUUCACAUACUGGACACCAACCGACGACCACCCAGAAUGGACUGCCUUUUCAAAUGGAAUCACUGGUAUCGCAUAUGCCUUCCCUACUGCGUUCUACAGUUUUGGUGGAACCGAAUUGGUUGGUAUCACUGCUGGUGAAGCUGCCAACCCAAGAAAGACAGUUCCAAGAGGUGCUGCCAACGUCAUGAACGCCGUAAUCUUAAUCUCCCUAUUAUCUGCUGCCAACUCUUCCAUCUACGCUGCAUCUCGAACCCUCAUGGGUAUGGCAGAGUCAGGUCUGGCACCCAAAAUCUUCGGUUUAGUAGACAAGCGUGGUGUCCCAUGGGUCUCCCUUGCCAUCUCCGUCCUUAUCGCCUGUAUCUCGUUCUUGGGUACCGUCUUUGGUAAUGGUAUUGUGUUUGCAUACCUCGUCAACAUCUUGGGUAUUGCUUCUCUCUUGACCUGGAUUACCAUCUGUAUUACCCACUUGCGUUUCCGUGCUGCAUACAAGGCACAAGGAUUCCAGCUUGCUGAUUUGCCUUUCAGGACUGUGACGUACCCUAUGAAUGACAUCUUCGCCAUUGUCAUUGGUUUCUUGAUCAUUGCUGCCCUUAUCUACGCAGCUGUUACAUCACCAUUCGUAGACCCAUACACCUACUACGACUCUUCCCUUUACGUCGGAAUUCCUCUAUUUGCCAUCCUGUACAUUGGCCACAAGCUCAUUACCCGUUCACCUUUGGUCCCACUCAUGGAGGUCGACUUGGUUUCAGACAGAUUCGUUGACGAAGUAUCUGAAUCAAACUGGUCUACACCAACCAAGAUUAUUGAGCUUAUCGCGUAG